AUGUCAAAGCCAAUUCAGUCGACCGUGGUUUUUCAUUGCAACGAGGAGUUCCAGACCCGGAAGUCAAUGUGCCAGAGCGGCGAUGCAGUCGACGUGAAACUCUGGGUGAAGUCCACCACCUUCGAGCCGAGUCGGAUGCCUUCGCAUGCCCGUGGCAGCUCCUCUUGGGACGAGUUUCAGAUGACAAUGGCACAGGCCAUGACGGAGCAAUCCACGUCGUUGCGGCUGCUCAGGGCACACGUCUUGGACGUCUUUCCAAAGAAUGGCAGCCUAUUGGUGCAGUGGAUGAGCGAACAGGAGCAAGAUCCCAUCCUCGGAAGCAUCCCUGGGAUGAAGGUGGACGAAGAGGCCAUUGCGCUGGUUCCGUUGGGGUCUGCCUUCCGGGAUGGCGUGCUGUGCAGCAGUGCACCCAACGCUUUCAUCGAGAAGCUGCUCGAACCCAUGAGCUGCCAGGCGGAGUUUCUCGUGCAUGUCUCUGCGCUUUGCGCAGAUGGUCGUCUCGCGCCAGAACAGAACCGGCCAGCCCAGGCCAUUGCCUGCAUCGCCAACGAGAGCAUGCUUGAAGGACAAAUGCAACCCAGAUGA